AUGGUCCAGCAGGAGUUGAGCCCCCCAGAGUCGCCAUUCGAUGUAGCAACGCCAAACCGUCAAAAACGCAACGCGACCGAUGCCGACGUCAUUCCUCGUCCUCAUCAUGGCAGCAGAGUCAGUUCGCCUGUCUCAUCUGUCUCCACCUCUUCUUCCAUCCACUCGCGCUCAUCAUCGCUGUUUAAGAGACAAAUAAUGGGACUGCGACUCAACGACGCAGGCCUCGAGGUCCGCCAGCUACGCGUUGAUGCUGCGCCCAACCCGCGAGCUGCUUCUCUACUCGACAUCCUCGGCGAUAUUGGGAAAGCCAACGACAUCCUCUCGGAGAGCCAGCGUGAUUCCAUUCUCAAUAGCGUACGCCCCAACAUCCGCCAAUGGAGGCACUCGUUCAAAUCCCCCGGGAGUUCGGACAGUUUGCCUGGUCGCAUUCCGUCGCCUGACGAGAUGUCCCAGUUGCUUCAACGAGCUAGCGAAUGCCAUGAUCCUGGCCACGAUGAGGCAAGCUGGAACGUAGAAGUCUACAAUUACCUAUUGAGCCUCAUCCUUCGCGAACCUGGCACCGCAAAGGGAGGACUGUUGAACUUCACAACAUGGGGAGUCUUACUCGCUACCACUACUCGGCCGCACGCAAUAUGGCUUCCGCAAUCUACAAGGGCUAAGUUGGUCGACUACUGCAUCUAUGCCGACCUUAUUAGCCAGGAUGCCUCCACUACACAGACCUUGUCGGCUUUUUGCCAGAAGAUGCCAACCCUCUCCGCCAACCAUACCGAAUCCAGGCCAUCGCAACUUCGUCCAAUUGUUUUAAGCAUCGAGACUAAGAGACCGGGAAGCGAGCUGGACGCAGCCCAAUUGCAGAUGAGCGUCUGGCAUGCUGCUCAAUGGUCUUUCCUGCACUCUGCCGUUCUCAUGCAGACACUGCGUUGUCUCGCUUUCUUACCUGACGGCAUCUUCAUGGGCCAUCGAUGGUUAUUUCUCUUCUCAACACGCGAGGGCGCCAAGACGAUACUCUGGCCGGAAAUCUAA